AUGCUGCUGCUCUUGGAGACCCCGGCGGGGUAUGCGUUGUUCUCCCUUAAGAACAAGAAGCUUCUGAAGGCAGACCCUGAGUCCAUAUACGACUCCUUCAAGACCAGCGUCGAUGCACAGCGGCAGGUCAGUCUCACGGCGUUCCACAAGUUCGAGGACACCAAGGCGGCGAUGGAGGCAUGCACCGAGCUGACGGAGGGCACUGUCGGCAAGGGCCUGAAAAAGUUCCUCAAAAAGAGCAUUGUUGAUGCGGGGCUCACUGAGAACCUCGUGGUGCUGGACAAGUCGCUCGGCGUCAACAUCAACAAGAAGCUCGGUCUGGAGGUUAGCGUUCUCAGCGAGAACUUGAAGGAGAUCAUGCGUGGCGUACGCUUGCACCUGACUGAGCUGAUCGAGGGCCUCGAUGAGCAGGAGGUGAAGGCAAUGUCGCUUGGCUUGGCCCACACGCUGUCCCGUUUCAAGUUGAAGUUCUCGCCGGACAAAGUUGAUACAAUGAUCAUCCAGGCUGUCGGCUUGCUGGACGACCUGGAUAAGGAGUUGAACAACUUUGCCAUGCGACUCCGCGAGUGGUACGGCUGGCACUUUCCAGAGAUGGGAAAGAUCGUAACGGAAAACCUCGCUUACGCGAAGGUGGUGCGUUUGAUGGGCCUGAAGACUCGGGCGAAGGACACGGACCUGUCUGAGAUCGGAGUCCCCGAUGAGAUUGCUGCGGAGGUGAGAUCUGCGGCAGAGACCUCCAUGGGCACGGAGAUUACGGACGAGGAUCUCGGUAACAUCAAGACCCUCAGUGAGCGUGUGAUCGAGCUCACGGAGUACCGAGCUUCGCUGUCCGAGUAUCUUAAGCUGCGCAUGAACGCCAUCGCCCCGAAUCUGACGUACAUGGUCGGGGAGCUGGUUGGCGCACGGCUCAUCUCCCAAGCCGGGUCGUUGAUGAGCUUGGCCAAGCAUCCGUCCAGCACGGUGCAGAUUCUUGGUGCUGAGAAGGCGCUCUUCAGGGCUUUGAAAACCAAGAAGAGCACGCCGAAGUACGGUUUGAUCUACCACGCCUCUUUGGUGGGCCAGUCUGCCCCGGCUUUGAAGGGCAAAAUCUCCCGGGUCUUGGCCGCCAAGCUGUCGCUCUGCUGCCGGGUUGACGCUCUUGGAGACCAGGUGGAGCCGACCCUCGGGCAGGAGUUCAAAGAGUACGUGGAGAAGCGCCUGGCUACACUCGAGGAGGGUGGCAUGAAGUCCCAGACGAAGGGCAUCAGCAGGCCCAACGUCGGCAAGCACCAGAAGAGGCCGGCAGUGAAGGGCAGCGCCACGGCCUACAGCGCGGAGGACGACGUGGUUGAGGCCGGCGGCCAUCUCGGAGCUCUCCAUGGAUGCUCCCUCAACUCCGAAGUGGCCCGUCAACCUGGGAAGAAUUCAUCAGAAACUGUUCCUGGAUCCUGUUUGGAGCUCUCCCGGCUGGUUCGGAUCCGUCAGGAAGCACCCAAGAGAAAGAAGAAGGUGGCAGAGGCGCGCCGCACUCAUUUGGGUCAAAUUGACGGGUCUUGGGAGCGACUGCAGGUCGGGUGGUUCCAAGUAGGCAUCUGGAAUGGGGUUCGGGAAGCGUGUGGGGAGGGUUUCCGAAAGGAGGAAGAAGCCGAGCCGGUCCGGCUCUCAGCCGGGCAGCUCGAGCUCGGGCGUCGGCAGGCAUCCCAACUCUUGGACCCAGCGCCCGAUGCCUUCGGUCCGCCCAAGGCUCCGAAGAAGAAAAAGAAGAAGGCGGCCUACGCCGAAGAGGCCACGGCGCUGAGCAGCGUCAGGGUCCCACGCCCCGAAGCCCCGAGUUUGCAGUUGGGGGUCCCAGUAAUUUUGCGGGGGGGGGGGGAACGAACGACUCCGGCCAGGCAGAGGCCGAGGAGGAAGAGGAGGCCUUGCGGCGCUGUUGCCGGUGCCGCUGGCGUAACACUGGUGCUUAGCCUGGAGUGA